UGCAACACGCACACACGCACGCCAACAAUCACACGCGCCCGCGUAUUUUACGUGUGAGAAAUCACGUGUAUUCAUCCCUCGUAAAGGGGCGUGUAGGGCUGGCAGGGACUCAAACCCUCUGCAUUUGGAUCAGUGGAGGAACCGAGAGCGGUGGCGCACGGAGAGACGGACAGGGAGUAAAACUUAUAUUAGAUCAACCAGGACUUUUCUAUUAUUCUUUCCAUCCCUUUGACAUUUUCGGGACUGUCUAUUUGCCACUCACACUGGCCGGAUUUCACUUGUGAAAGCGCUGACUGAAAGGGAGCGAAACAAGGAGCGAGACGCUGAGAGAUCAGCGGGGAGAAGACUUGUCUGUACGCGGAGAGGAGAGCGAGUCUCCGGGCAUCGGCUGUGCGUCUUUGCGCCGUGGGGAACCGAGGACCGAUUUUGACUGCGCUGUGGUUCUCCCCCGACGUACAAAAACGGCUUUUUUGGGGAGGGGGGGGGAUAACUUGACUUGCUUUUUGUGGGGCUCUGGAGAAGAUCUGGUGUCAUUGUAACAGAAACGGAGGGAGUCUAUCGGAUCGUACACUCUGCUCCACGCAUGUUGGAAGUGGAGAGAGGAGGGCUGGAUGCCUGCGGGUUUGCGAGUCCUCAAGACGCAGCCAAGGAUUACAUCCUGCCCGGGCAUCGUUUGACGGAGUAACAGCGCAAAAAAAGAAGAAAGGAGUGGGUCAUUUCUUCAUAUAUCUUGGCUUUCUUUUGGAGAGGGAAUGGCACGGUCGGCGCUGGAGAGAGGAGUGCAGCCGGCACAGGCGAGAGGAAACAGGAGCUGAAUGGCAGGAUGCACGCGACCUGAGCCCGCUCUCAGAUCAGUUCCAACUUCGCUAAAAGAGACACUUCUGCUUUAUUUGUCGAGUUAAGAGGAGAGAAGAAUACUUGCCAAAAAAAAAAGAAAAGAAAAAGAAAACCUGUUGGAGGAGAUUAAAUUCGGAGUUUUUUUUGUAUACGUAAUUUUAUUUUUUGGUUGAGAAAACAAGGAUGCAUUGUGGAUUAGUCUUUAUCCUGUUCAUGGGAAUCCUUUUGGUGGCCAAGGCUCUCAAAAACGAUAAAUGUGGAGGCAACAUCAGGAUCUCAACCGCCAACUACCUCACCUCGCCCGGAUACCCCAUGUCUUAUCCCUCUUCUCAGAGAUGUGUGUGGGUGAUAUCUGCGCCUGGCCCCCACCAGCGGAUUCUCAUCAACUUCAAUCCGCAUUUCGAUCUGGAGGACCGGGAGUGCAAGUACGACUAUGUGGAGGUGCGAGAUGGCGUGGACGAGAGCGGCCAGCUGGUGGGGAAGUACUGCGGGAAGAUCGCUCCCUCUCCGGUCGUCUCCUCCGGAAACCAGCUCUUCAUCAAGUUUGUGUCUGACUACGAGACGCACGGAGCGGGUUUCUCCAUUCGAUAUGAGAUCUUCAAGACAGGCCCCGAAUGCUCCAGGAACUUCACCUCCAACAGCGGUGUCAUAAAGUCGCCUGGUUUCCCAGAGAAAUACCCCAACAACCUGGACUGCACCUUCAUGAUCUUUGCCCCCAAGAUGUCCGAGAUCAUCUUGGAGUUCGAGAGCUUUGAGCUGGAGCCUGACCCGACUCCCCCUACUGGUGUUUUCUGCCGCUAUGACAGACUGGAGAUCUGGGAUGGCUUCCCUGGAGUCGGCCCAUACAUUGGGAGGUACUGUGGGCAGAACACCCCGGGCAGGAUCAUCUCCUACACGGGCAUCCUGGCACUGACAAUCAACACUGACAGCGCCAUCGCUAAGGAAGGCUUUUCGGCCAACUUCACUGUAAUCGAAAGGACUGUUCCAGAGGACUUCGACUGUAGCGACCCUUUGGGAAUGGAAUCCGGAGAGAUAACAUCGGACCAAAUCAUGGCCUCAUCCCAGUACAACCCCAGCUGGUCCCCAGAGCGCUCCAGACUCAACUACUAUGAGAACGCAUGGACGCCGGCCGAGGACUCAAACAAAGAGUGGAUACAGGUGGACCUUGGCUUCUUGCGGUUCAUCUCGGCCAUUGGCACCCAGGGCGCCAUUUCCCAGGAGACCCGAAAGAUUUACUAUGUCAAGUCCUACAAAGUGGACGUCAGCUCUAAUGGAGAGGACUGGAUCACUUUGAAGGAAGGCUCCAAACAGAAGGUUUUCCAAGGCAACACCAACCCAACAGACGUUGCCAAGACGAUGCUGCCCAAACCCACGCUGACGCGCUUCGUCCGGAUCCGUCCCGUUACCUGGGAAACAGGCAUCGCACUGCGCUUCGAGGUGUAUGGAUGUAAGAUAUCAGAGUACCCGUGCUUGGGCAUGCUGGGCAUGGUAUCAGGUUUGAUCGCCGACAACCAGAUCACUGCAUCCUCCCAUACGGACCGGAGCUGGGUGCCGGAGAACGCCCGCCUGCUGACCAGCAGGACCGGGUGGACGCUGCUGCCCCAGCCCCAGCCCUUCACCAGCGAAUGGCUGCAGGUGGAUCUUGGCGAGGAUAAGCUGGUGAAGGGGUUGAUCAUCCAGGGGGGGAAGCACCGCGAGAACAAAGUCUUCAUGAAGAAGUUUCGCCUCGGCUACAGCAACAACGGCUCCGACUGGAGGAUGGUGUCGGACGCCGGCGGGAGCAAGCCACAGAUAUUCGAAGGGAAUAGCAACUACGACACUCCUGAGCUGAGGACGGUGGAGGCCCUGCUGACUCGUUUCAUCAGAAUUUACCCAGAGAGGGCCACUCCUGCUGGCAUGGGCCUGCGACUUGAGCUCCUGGGCUGUGAGAUUGAAGCUCCAACGCUCCCGCCUACCACGCUAGUCCCUAGCACUACCCCGUCGGACGAGUGUGACGACGACCAGGCGAGCUGCCACAGCGGCACAGGUGAUGACUACGAUGUGACAGGGGUUACCACGAUGCCAGAGACCACUACUGCUGAAGUGGAUACAAUCCCAGAUUUUCUGUGGUUUGCCUGCGACUUCGGCUGGGCCAAUGACCCUUCCUUCUGCAGCUGGACAUCAGAUGACACUGGCUCUAGGUGGCAGAUCCAGUCAAGCGGCACCCCCACCCUCAACACUGGGCCUAACAUGGACCACACAGGUGGAUCAGGGAACUUCAUCUACACCUUAGCGACAAGUCCCCAAGAGACGGAGGUGGCUCGGCUGGUCAGCCCCAUGGUCAGCUCCCCGGACGCAGACCUAUGUGUGUCCUUUUGGUACCACAUGUUCGGGCCUCACAUUGGCACACUGCAUAUCAAACAGCGCAAACAGACAGUUGAUGGUCCGGCUGACAUCCUGCUGUGGACGAUCAGUGGUCACCAAGGCAACCGCUGGAGGGAAGGGCGUGUCCUUGUGCCCCGCACCAACAAACCCUAUCAGGUGGUGAUCGAAGGUGUGGUGGAGAGAAAUAGCUGGGGGGACAUUGCUGUGGAUGACAUUAAGGUUCCUAAUGGACUCAGCAUGAUGGACUGUAAAGAUCCUGACGUACCCACUGAGCCGAUGCUACCAGAGGAUCGCCUCAAUGAAAUCCUUGAAGAGAUCACCGAAUACCCAGACUUUGUGGAGACCAACCAGAUCAGCGGAGCGGGCAACAUGCUGAAGACGCUCGACCCCAUCCUCAUCACCAUCAUCGCCAUGUCCGCCCUGGGCGUCUUCUUGGGUGCCAUCUGCGGCGUGGUCUUGUACUGCGCCUGCUCGCACGGCGGCAUGUCGGACAGGAACUUAUCAGCCCUGGAGAACUAUAACUUUGAACUAGUGGACGGUGUGAAGCUAAAGAAGGACAAACUCAAUGUACAGAGCUCAUACUCGGAGGCGUGAGAUGGGACUGCAAUGCGUUGGUGUGACUGUAUGAUGUGCAGAGCUCGCAGAGCGUGCACAAGACUGGCUGUAGGCAUAUCCUCUCGUAUAUCCACGAGUAGGAAGGCUCAAAAGACUGCCAACACCCUCAACUCGCUGGAUGAGGGACAGGUUCAGGAACCAAUGGGAGGUUUGGACUGAUCCACGCUUUUCUCAGGAGCUGCAGUAAAAAGAACCUACCAGUAGGGGACACUGUGUACAAAUAAAAUACAGAAGAAAAAAAAAUAUGUACAGAUGAUUUAGAUGAUAUUUUAAUUUUCUAUUUUGAUUUUCAUUCAUUUUUACAAUCGGAUGCUGGUGUUGAGACCAAUUUAUUAAUAAUGUUUAAAGUAUUUAUCUUUUUUCUGGGAAAGAAAUGUUUUUUUAAUUAUCAGUUCACGAAGGCUGUUUUUUGAAAGAGACGUAUCAAAAUCCUAAAUGAACCAUAUCCGUCAAAACUGUAGAUUUGCCCUGUGGUGUGGCAUACAGGGUGUGCCCAUAACCCAUGACCCUAAAACACGUACCCCCAUUCCCCUUUGACCGGUGUCACUCUAAAGUGAGGGUCCCAUUCAUGGCAACGUAUGGUUCGGACAGUGCCUUUAGUACAUUUCAGUUGGUCUCCUCUGUUGAUCUGGGUGUUUUUUACUGUACCUGGCUUAAGUUAUGAUGACAGGAAACAGGGGCACAUUAUCUUAUAAAUACCUGCAAAACAGGAUAACAGUCUGUCACAGCGCUUUUAAAAAAAAAUUGUUUUCUGUCCUGAAAAACACACACUGUAAAUACGUUUUAAUAUAUUUUAUUGCCCUUUUUAAAGAAAGUAAAAAAGCUGCAGUAUCCCUUUUUUCAUGGGUUCGUGUGUGUGUAAAUACAAUCUUCUGACUGUUUUGUGGACGGUGAAGUGUUAUGUUUUUUUUUUUAUUAUUUUAGAUUACCUUGCUCAGAUGAGUAAGAUUUGUGUGAUAUUACAGCGAUUUCAAUGUGCAUUCAAGCCAUUUGUCAUCGAAAAACACCCACUUGUCGAAUGAAUCAAACGGUAACAAAAAAAAAUAAAUAACAACAUUCAUUGUUGCUUUGCUUUAGCUAAGACCUAGCCUAGCUUGUCACCACCAAACGUCACUGUGGAUUGAUCACUGAAGAAGUCCUAACUGGCCAGUGCAGCUUGAAUGCACUUUGUUACUGAUUCCCUUAUGAUAGGAGCAUACUAAAAGAGGGGGUAAACACACUAACUGAAGAAUGGUGCUAUCGUUACUUUAGCUGGACACACUUGUCUCAUGAUGAACCCAGUUUGUAUUGUUCACUUGCUGUAUUGUAGCGUAAGGCCUUUCGGACCGCAAAGAGUUUAUCCGUGUUUCACGUGUAGCAGCCAUAACAUUGUGAUGUCAGAGCUGAUGUCAUUAGGACGGGACAAUGGUACAGCAGGGGAUUGAGUGGCGUCACCUGAAUCAGGUCACCUGGCCUCCCCUCCGUGGCCUUACCAAAGGAUGGUUGCCUCCUAUUUGUUCACAGGGGGUUCUCACUUAAACACAAAAUACUAGAAGACCACAGUUCAACCGAUGGUCAUCGCUCACUAAAGAACUGACUACUUGCUUGGCCCUGUCACAGCCCCCGGAGAGAAAAUCAAGAGGGGGAAUGAUAGGACACUUGUAGAGAAGAGCAAUGUGUGACUUUUUUUUUUUUUUUAUAUCUCUUUCUAAGCUCAAAAGAAGUGCAAAUAUCACCUCAAUGUGGACUCUUCAAAUCUCCAUUGAGACUCUUGUUGGCAGAAGGAUGGAUGGGUCAAUCCCACCACCAGACACUACAAGGGGAAGGGACUCUGUGUGAGAUUGACAGGAUCAGGACACGAGGGCCCCAUGGGACUGGGACUCGGUGUGUUUUUUUUCCCGCACCACAAUCAAACAAUCAAAAAACUUUGAUCCUGAGAAGGGUGACGUCUUUUACAUCCGUGUGCUUUGUGUGUCGUGCCAUGGUGAACACAUUCAGCUUGUUCAUUCUCGGAUUUGACCUUGCGUUGUCUCAACCUCUACACCUUUUCCGUCUGUGCUCACAGCUGCGGAGGACUGUAGCUCCAGCGAGGUCUGCUGAAACUAGAGAAAAAGGAUACUGUAGCGUGGAAUCCAAACAAACAAUGUUGCACUGAUAAAUAUAUUUAAGAGGUUUAUGUGUUUAUAGCGUUCAUUUGCAAAAGAACAACAGAAGAAGGUCAAAAACACAAAAAACACGUGUCAAUUUCUUUCAUCUUUUUUAUAUAUAUACAUAUAUAUAUAUAUAUAUAUAGUUUCAGAUUAUGUGAUAUAAUUCUGAAAUGUAAAAAUAUUGAGAUGUUUUCAUUAUUGAAAAAGGCAUAAAAGAUUUUUCCAACAGUAAUGUCCCUCCCCCCUCCAUUUACAUGGCUUAUUAACGCUUCGUUUUGUACUGUCAUUCGAAUUUUGUGCAGAUUUUGUUUUGUUUUUUACAAAAACAAGAAAAGGAGACUUUUAUUUUCAAUACUGCUUCUGUAAUUUGCUGUUGUAGGAAAAAAAAAAUGAAUAAACAGCAAGGCCUUAAAAAGAAAAAAGGAAUACUUGUGUUGUGAUCUGGAAUCUAAAAACUCUUUUUUGUCCCUAUUCCAGUCGGAUGUACAGCACAUCACAGCCGUGCUGUAAAGGACUAGCCAGCAGCCUCACAAGCAGCUCUUGGAAGCAACAUCUGUUUUUUUUGCAUCAAAGUAAUGUGAAAGCACUAUUACAGCAAGACAGUGAUGCAAACAAGUUAUGUCUAGUCUUUGUCUCACAGCUGCCGCUUUCCAAAGAUACAAAAUAAAAGGCAUCUUCACAUGAA